AAUCUUUUUGAAAAUAGGGUUGUUGUUCCAGUCACAAGCAGUAACUAUUACCCUCAGUGUGGGCUGCUCGCAGUACAUACGGACCAGCGUUGAUCAGCCUCAGAACAGGCUGCUCGCAGUACAUAAGGACUGACAUUAGCCUCAGAGUGAGCUGUUCACCGCACAUGCGAACCUGCUUGCCCCAUUAAGGCUGAUUCUUGUCUCUUAAAAACCUUGAUCAACAAUGAAGAAAGUUGCUAUUGCAUUUUUCUGGCUCCUGCUUACAGUGAAGACAGUUUCCGCUCAAGAGGCAGCUGUACGAGCGUUACCGAACUGGCUUACUGGCAUCAUCGCGGUGGUGGUGUUCCUUUUCCUGGUCUUUGUUGCCUUCCUGGUCAACAGGGCGUGGUGUGAAAACUCCAGGGAAGAGUCAAAGGCAGUGCCAGUGAAGACCGAUGAAGACUACACUAUGAAGAAUGGAACACACUACGAUACAGCUCUGGAUAUGGUCAGGACCAGUGAGCACGAGAACGCCUAUGAGAACAUGGCCAUCCAGAACGCUGAAGAGAGGAUCACAGUCAUGUGAUCGACGUCACACCAACAAAAAACCCUCGUUAUUCUCCUGCACACCUCUCCUUUCAGCUCACGCGUGCUGACAUUUAGAUCACUCCAAACCCAAAUACACUCUGACAAAAUACUGACCAGACCCUUCGGUAAAUGUCGCAGAACAUUCCGGGUUUUUACCGCCAACCUUCUCAACAACAAGAUGCAUCCACUUCUGGAGGUCAAUGGAUCAGGACAGAGAGAAACAUAGCUUGAUGAAACUGAUGGAUGAUCAAAUCUAGAAAUGAGUUAAAUCAAAUCAACAUCUGUAGAAUAACAUCCGUAGCAUGAACGCACCAUAGUUACUGAGCACUCUAAACCACUCAGUUUACAGAAUUCUGCUGAAAGGAUUUUCAUAUUUCAUUACUGAGCUUCAAUUUUGUAUUAAUUGUUUGCAUUUCUGCUUGUUCACACGCAAUCAUCGAUUACUUUUAUAUUAUCGGCAGAAGUCAAUAUCGUAUCUUUACUAUGAAAACCAUUCCUGCUGUUUCACAGGUACAUUUGUUUCACAUACAGAAGCCAAAUAUUUGUCUAAUGUAAACUUUUACAUGAAUCUGAAUUUACUGUUUUCCGUACUUUAACUGACAAGGUAAAUGAAAAAUAGAAUUGUUGUGUGCUUUUUAUAUCAUACGCUUGCACUUGUAAAUUUCCUCAAAGACAAGGCAAUAAAGAUGUUAACUGAAAUGAAA